AUGACAGACGAAAUCACCACUCUUUGCUUGCUAGGUUGCGGCAAUUUGGGAGCUGCCAUCCUCGACAGUUUGUUAAACACGUCUGAUAGCAAACCUGUCCCUUUCACCAAAUUCAUUGCAUGCGUCCGCAGUCAAAACUCAGAAGCGAAGCUAGCCACACGGUUCUCCAAGCACAUCGAUAGAUUGUCCUUCUCUCGAGGCGACAAUGUCAAAUCUGUGCAAGAAUCCGACGUGAUCAUUCUCGGCGUGGAUCCGGCUGAUAUUGAGAAGGUGUUGACACAAAAUGGACUCCGCGAGGCACUAGAAAACAAGCUAUUGAUUAGCAUCGCAGCUGGUUGGACGCGUCAAAAGCUCGAGCGAACCAUCUAUGGAAGCGAAACAACCAGUGAAAACAAAAACGGUCGCGCAUGGGUGGUGCGCACUCUCCCCAACAUCGCUGCACAAGUCUCGCAAUCCUUGACUGCUAUCGAAAUGUCGGAGCCGACGCCACCGGAACACUACCUCCAAAUCACGACUGCAAUCUUCGAGCAGAUCGGGCGCGCAGUUCAAAUCGCUCCUCAUCUCAUGAAUGCUACUACUGCGGUUGGGGGGUCGACUCCGGCUUUCUUUGCUGUUAUUUGCGACGCGAUGAUUGAUGCUGCCGUGGCUGUUGGUGUUCCCCGGGACUUGGCGCAUACCAUGAUCUUCCAAUCUAUGCAAGGGACGGCCACUAUGCUUCAGAGUGGAAUUCACCCAGCCCUUCUAAAGGAUCAGGGGACUUCGCCUGAAGGCUGCACAAUUGGUGGGUUGAUGGUUAUGGAAGAAGCUGGUGUUAGAGGUCACAUUGGACGGGCUCUUCGAGAGUCUGUGACGCUGGCUCGUCUUAUGGAGACAACCGCGCAUGUCAAUGAUACACGGCAUUAA